AUGGCGAGCGCUGGAGUAGUCAAUAUCCGUCGCGAUGUCGAUACUGCUUUCCUGCCUCUCUUGACCGCCUCUGACGUAUUUUAUCGUUACCGAAUGCCCGUGAUGCUCACCAAAGUAGAGGGACGCGGAAAUGGCAUCAAAACGGUCAUUCCAAACAUGACAGAUGUAGCCAAGGCUCUUAGCAGGCCACCUCAAUACACCACCAAAUUUUUCGGUUGUGAACUGGGGGCCCAGACCAUCCUCGACGACAAGGCUGACCGCUGGAUUGUCAACGGCGAGCACAGCGCAGAUCGCUUACGAGAGCUUCUCUAUGUCUUCAUCGAGAAGUUUGUCCUUUGUGCCGCCUGCAAGAAUCCCGAGACAGAGCUCAUCAUUACCAAGAAUGAAAACAUCAUUCGCGACUGCAAGGCAUGCGGUCAACAAACCAACGUCGACAUGCGUCACAAGCUCACCACAUUCAUCUUGAAGAAUCCACCCAAGAAGAAGUCCAAAUCCCGCAAGGGCACGGACACCUCCACCAAGGAGAAGGGCGAGGAGGAUCAAAGCGAUGGUGCUCAGUCUGCAGAGGAUGGAGACGCACUUGCCGCUCGUAUCAAGUCUGAGGCUGCAGAGCUUGCGCCCGUCGAAAGUUCGGCUAUCGCCAACGACGGAUGGUCUGCCGAUGCAGAAGUUGCUGCCGUCACUAAGCGCACCGGAUCUCUCAACGUGAAUGAUAGUGAUGAGGAGAAAGGUGACGAUCCGAUGGAUCAGCUUAGGCUCUGGAUUGAGAUCAAUCGUGACAACGCCACGUCCCAAUCUGUUGAAGAGAAGCUUGUAGAGUUGGGAAUCAAAGACAAGCAUAGAACCGUUCAGGUGGUCAUGGAAUCCCUCUUCACCUCCAAGAUUAUCACCGCAAAAGAGCUGAAGAAGUUCCAGCCGCUUCUCGCCUCGCUCGUCUCCCCCAUUGAAGAGAAGGAGAAGCACCAAAAGGCUCUCCUCGGUGGUGUCGAGCGACUUGUCGGUCUCACUUACCCCGAGCUCACGGAUAAAGUGCCUCUCAUCCUCAUGGAGCUCUAUCAGGCCGAUCUUUUGACCGAAGAGGCUGCAAAGCAAUGGGGCACGCACGUUAGCAAGAAAUACGUGGAUCGCGACACUAGUAAACGUGUCAGAAAGGCUGCAGAACCCUUUAUCAAGUGGCUUGACGAGGCCGAAUCUGAUGAAGAGUAG